CAAAGUAUAAAUUCUCAAUAAGCCGGUGACCAAUGUCACUCUUCUGUGGUGGAAGGGAUCUCUGGUGGAAAGUUGGGCUGCUGGUGUUUCAUUGCCUUAAAUCUAGAUAUUGUAAAGCUGUGCUUCAGUGGCGUGGUCAUGGGGAACAGCUUGUGCUUUUUUUCACCAUAGGAAGAACAAUGGGGAUCUUGGUUUGUGGCUGAGGAGGCACAGACAUGGAAAAGUCUGGGUUGCUCAAUUUCCUCUCAGAGCAGUGAGAGCAACUGGAAAGGACAGCUUUGCCCAGUUGUCGUGGCUGCAGUCCAGGUGAAAAGGACGACUUUGGAAGGAGCAUAAAUGGAGUGAGGAAAGGGGUUUAUGUUCUGAAUUGAGCGCAAAAAAAAGGAGCAAAGGGGGGUGGGAAGCGAAUGAAAAACUAAACCUGGAACACUUCAGGCCAUUAUCUCACUUGAGAAUUGAAUCUCAAACGGCUUAAAACAAGUUACAGGCACAGUGACAGAGGUUGACUGAAGAGUUACCAUAGUUGGCAGCACCACUCCCAAGCCUAGAUGCUGCUUUCAGUGCUCAUCCUGUGAGUCAUUCCUACUUUGCCUCCCCUAGAUAUGAUUUGUGGCAUUGAAAGGACCUCCUUAGAGGAAAUGUUAAACAUCUGACACUGGUUGGGGGCCUGUUCUGGGAGUCUGCUAGUGUUCACCUCUGAUACUUGGCCUAAGUCGGGACUUCUGGGAGUGAUUCUUUCCUUGCUCCUGGCUCCCCAUCUGCCAGCAUCUCUGAACAAUGGACAGAGUCCUCUCAUGGCUGAGGACACUCUGCGGCAAGGAAGCGGCCGAAGAAGAAAAAGGAGAACGUGACUCGCUACGGGAGAAAAGUUCGGGUGAUGAGGAUGACGCUCCCUAUUAUGGCACCAUCAACGGAGGCAACGCUCCGGAGGUGUCCUGCGCUCCUUGUGUUGGCGUUGCCAGCCGCAGCUCCGUCACCUGCCCUACAUGCCAGGGCACUGGAAGGAUCCCCCGAGAGCAAGAACAGCAGCUAGUGGCCCUCAUUCCGUACGGAGACCAGCGGCUCAAGCCCAGGAGAACGAAGCUGUACGUAUGUCUCACAGUGGCCAUCUGCCUGCUGAUGACAGGCCUCAUGAUGUAUUUCCUGUUUCCACGCUCCAUCGCGGUGGUCCCUGCCGGACUGAAUUUCUCAUCUAUAUCCUUUGACAAUUCUACUUACAGCAUCACCCUUAAUAUGACUAAUAUGCUGAAUGUGACAAACAACAACUUUUACACUGUGCAUGUGUCUCAGCUGGCUAUCGAAGUCUUGCACAAGGCACUGGUGAUUGGGAAAAACACUGUGAUGACAGAGGUGGACAUCAGACCUUUGCAUGGGGCUCAGAUGCAUUACAGUGUCUCGAAUAAAAUCAUGGAUAAUAACACUUACAACAUUUGCACGUGGUCCAGAAUAAAAGUUCACAAUGUUCUCCUGCACAUACAGGGUACUGUGACUUGCUCUUACCUUGCUCACUCGGAGCAGUUGGCCUUCGAAAACUACCAGUAUGUGGACUGCAGAGGUAAUGCCAUGCUUCCCGGGGUGUCUGGCACCUCCUGUUCCCCAUAGCUGCUGCGAACGUCCGGAGGAGCAACUGUUUGCCACAUCUUCUGCCCUCUGCAAUGAAAUCGCAGCAGCAGCAACAACUUUUUCAUCCCUCCUGUAAACUGUGGGGUCGGGAAGGGAGAGGCGUUUCAUUCAGUAUUGCUAGUUCUGCUGCUAAGAAGAGGGGCAGCCUUCAUCAGGAUAUAAAGAGAUUUGGGGCGAUACUGUUUGACAACAUGUGGCUGGAGGGACCAGCAGAAAUGCAUCGGAUUGUGGGAGAUAGAAACCAAGAAAACCAUGCCGAAGGUUUGGGAUUUUGUGCUUGAAUUUGCAUAGCCUUGGGCUGUGUGACUGCCCAGAUUGAUCUUCUGCAAAUGUUUUCUGGCCUGAAGAAGUGAUCCUUGCCAAGUGUGUGCUUUAUGGGAAGGCUGGAGUUUACCUUUGAGGUCCUCGUCGUCGUUCAAAACAAUCUUUCCUCGCCAAGCAGCCGAGAACUAUGGACUUUGCACUCUUUACUUGCACAGGCAAACACUGCUUCUAAAUGAGGCUGUAUGUUUACUCAUCUCUCAUCCCACUGGCCUCCUCCUGACCAUUGGAUCAGCCCUUUGCAAUGUGUGGUGGAGGCGGAGGAAGAGUACACAAAGGUUUUGGAAGUCACAAAUAUAUAUUCCAUGUUCAAAUGCUGUCUUUCUAAAUGCACCCCUCUCUCUUCUGGGCAGAGCUGGGGAGGUAAUAAAAUCAUGCUGACCUCCAUUUUCUCUGUCAGAUUGCACAAUUCUCAAAAAAAGCAUUCCAGAAUAAAUAGUCUCGUGCAUUGUUAUUGGAGGC